GCUUUUGCCAGUAGUAGUUGCAUCUGAGGAAGGAAUGAUUUGUUGAGAUUGAGAGAGGGAGAGAGAGGUAGAGAGAGAUAAGUCGUGAGCAGGAAAGAGAGACUUUAACUUGCUGGAACACAUGGGCUGUCCAAGGCAAAACAAUAAAGUUGUUUUUUUCUGUGCAUUGCCGUUAGCAUGGCUUCUGGGCUCCGCGAUAGAAUGUGCAGAGCAAAGAGUGCGGGGGAUGAUUUUCAGCGUCUCUGACAGCCGGACCUCCAUUGUCACCUCGACCACUGAUGACAUGACCCUCGCCUACCAUAACAGCACCGAGUCCAACUUGUGUUCCUUAUUGAGGCGCUGAACGCGCUCCAUGCUGAGUCAAACAAUCUCAUCCAGAAAUAUCAGAGCUAUCUGACAUUUAAUGAAAUCCUUCUCAACGAAAUGGCGAACCGCAUCCCGGAGAAACAAAACGACGACCCCACAGUGUUGCUUUAUCCGGGUGAACCCUUCACCUUAGGGGGGAAGAACACCCUGAAUUGUUUUGUGAGUCAUCUGUUUCCGCCAGUGGCCCAUGUGUCCUUCCUGAAGAACGAUCAGCCCCUAUCGGGGCAAGUGAGGUCCUCGCAGUUCACCUUCGACAACAGCUGGAUGUUUCAAAUCUUGAAAUAUGUGCAAAUUGAGCCUGCUGUUGGGGACAAGUAUUCGUGUGUGGUGGAGCUAGUCACGAAGGAGCAGUUCCGAGCCUACUGGGAGGCAACAACGUCAGGCAAUCAUAAAAACCCAGUACAGAUUGCAAUCUGCGCAGUUGGCUUUGUGAUUGGUGGCCUGGGGAUGAUGACUGGCCUCUGCCUGAUUUUCUACAAGUGGGGAAAUGAGGUGGGGUCCAGGGAUCAGCAAACCAUACCUGCGGAGGAGCCACAGGACUCAAUGCUGAAUGGAGAAGGGGCACAAGAUGAAGGGACCCGUGUGGAUCGGAGUGAUCCAAACCAACCAGCAGAAUGUUGAGCCAAUCUGUGUCCUAAUCUGAUCUCACACACACACUCUUGUUCCUCAAAACUGUGUUCCCUUCAAAAAAAAUUACAUAAUUUCUGCAAACGUGA